UCGUGAUUGUCAAGGUAGUUUUGUUUACGCGGAAAUUUUCACUCGGUAUCAACUCCUCGCGCGUCCCGUCUGUGCUGAAGAGGUAGAUGAAGGAUCUAAGAUGUCCCGCAAUCACAAGGACAAGUAUGAAAACUCCAACCCACGUCGUACGCAUUCGUUUAUGUCCACGGAGGAUGCGAACUCGGGGAAAAAAUCUUAUUGGCCGGAGUUGGAGAUAACAGGCAGUAUAAGAAACCUAAGCCCUAACCUAUGGCAGUUGACCCACCUGACGGCGCUCUAUCUAAACGAUAACAGCCUACAAAGGAUACCACCUGAGAUUGGUCGUCUUGUCAACUUGCGUGCUUUAGAUCUCAGCAGCAACAAGCUGCGCAGUCUGCCUGCCGAACUGGGGGAUCUCAUCUACCUCAGGGAGUUGUUAUUGAACCAAAAUUACCUUCGCGUGUUACCGUACGAACUAGGAAAGUUGUUCCAGUUACAAGUGCUUGGACUACAAGGAAAUCCACUCAGCAAAGAGGUGAUGGCAUUGUACGGGGAGCCUGCAGGAACGAACAAGCUGCUGACGUAUAUGUUGGACAACUUACAAGUCAGAGAUAACGAAUACGUAUAA